AUGAAGUACGCUGUGAUUCUAGUUGCUGUAUUUUUCAGCUGUGCUUUCGGCAUAGACACCGUUCCUUCUUUGAAUGUGACAAAAUAUCUUGGUCGCUGGUAUCAGGUAAAGCUGUGUACUGUGAUGUUCAUGAUUAUGUAACCGCGUGUAUUACUUGUGGACUACUUUGAGGGACGAAGUCUCUUUCAACGCAACGCUUUCCAACAUUUUAACUGUGCGAUAAUGUAUGUCAAAAACCUUUUGAGAAUUUAUUAGGUAUAAGCGAUGCCGUUUAAACCCAUUUAUUCGCACAGCACGACAUGGCCGAUACAAACUGAGUGAAGGUUACAAACUUGUCGAAUACAUGUGUAUGACCCUAUGCUCUGCAUGAAAGCAAAAUAUCAACCUUACAAUACUGCAUGUUCCAUACAAUAGACAUUGCGCACUAGUUUGCAAAAAGCUGUCGUUUGAUAUGUACUUUCGUCUGGGCCUGGUUGUUCAAAGCUUGGUUAAGAUAACUCAGGGUUAGUGAGAAACCUAGUUUAAGAUCUGAAAGCUUUAAAAGAAAAUUCAAUACAAUUAUUUUUGUCUACAACUUGAUGACUGGAUGCCCUUCAAAGAAGAGAGAAAAUUAUUACAGAAAGACUUUCAAACAAAGGGAUAAAGAAACCUAGAUAAAAUUUUAACCCUGGGUUAGCGCUAAUCAGCCUUCGAACAGCUGGGCUCUGAUGCGUAAUGGCCGAUAGGAAGUUAACAAGGCCUUUUUACAAAAGGUAAUUGAUUACAGUAUUUACUCGGCAACGAUUAGUAAAAUUCCAUAUACUGUGAUCAAAGUUGGCGAAAAAUUAAAGUAUCUGUGUUCAUCAGCAAAUGCUCCUCGUUUUUCAUCUUUGAGCAGUGUUAUGUAAUACGCUGGUGGUCACGUUAAAGUGGAUCGUAAAUCUUUCAUUCACGUUUUCUUUCCUGCGCAUGCAUAUCACGCGAUUAUUCCCCUAGCGUGAAAUAGUGUAAAAUUUUUCAUCAGCACCUCCCCUUUGAUGUCAUUUCCUUUGAUGUCAUUUCAAUUUCAUUUUCUUUAUUUUUCUGUGCGAAUAGGUAUAUGCCGACCCCACAGUUAUGGCUACUUCUGAGCGUAACCAAGUUUGCGUGACAGCGGAUUGUAAGUGAACAUUCGUACUUAAAAAGUUUGUCUGACAUACCACUGGUUACCAAAGCCUAAUUUAAAAUUGUUUUUACCAAAAUUAUUUUUCAGAUUCACUCCGGAAAGAUGAAAAAAUAGGAGUUCUGAAUAGAGGGAGACUCUACACACCGACAGGAAAGGAAAGCAGCAUCACUGGGUAUGCCUACAUGACCAACCCCGACGAACCAGGAAAGCUAACACUGCAUCUGGACGGCGUACCUUUCCUCGCUUCAUGUAAGUUUAAACGACGCUAAGCUAUUACGUAAAGAAAAGGAUGCAGCGUUUCCCUUGAACUUAACAUACAUGGUUAGUCUGAGGUGGGAGGGAACGAUCCGAACUAUCAUGAACGAGAACGAACGAACGAGAGGGACUGGGACACACAACUGCGCAAAAUGCCGGUUGCAAAACACCGAUGUCGCAAUGUCUUUUAUGCUUGGGUACUGUAGCCUGCGCUCCAGUCGCUAGCAUACCGAUGCGAGAAGGUAACAAAAAAAAUUAUAAUAAUUUAAUGUAUUUACUGACAAGCAAAAGCUAACGGAUGCGUUUUCUUCUUAACAGAUUGGGUGUUAAAACUAGGACCACCUACGUUUGGUGAAAAAGGUCUUUAUCAGUACUCUGUGGUCACAGACAGCAAGCAGAUUAUGUUGUUUGUGCUGACGAGAGACGUAGAAAUAUUCAAAAGCCAAUAUGAUGAGGAAGUGCGAAGUUUUUUAAAGGAAAACGGCUUUACUCACUUCUACAACAAGCCUGUAGCCACAUUACAGGACAAGAAAUGUUUGUACGGAGCUGAAAAGCCUUCUCCGUAUCAGACAGUGAAAGAAUUUCUUCGAAAUGAAUAGACAUUUCGGCCACAGUUGUAGUUUUGAAGAUCAAAAGAAAUAUAGCAAAUAAAAAAUCAAAGAUGUGAUGUGAUGUGAUUUGAUACACCUCAGUCUAAACCACAAUUCAGAGGAGAGGUCAACGUUGUAAAACUUGAUCUCGAUUUAAAAUGUUAAGACUCGUAGCCAUGAAACGUCAGAGUUAUCAUUUGAAAAGAUUUGAUACACUCUAUCACAGCUAUCAUGAAAAUUCCGCUUUUAAGUAACCGUUGAGAAUGAAAAGAGGCAUAGGCAAGAAUGGUCACAUGAAUACCCCCACCCAUUUACAAUCAUAGGACUAAGGUGCUAUAAAAAUCCCGGUUAGACAGUUAGUUGAAAGAGACAGCAAUUAAAUCAUUAUUUGAUUCGUUCUUGAUUUACGAUAAUCUCUUGCAACUACAGACACUACUGCCGUCGAUGUAAUAAAAAUUUCAAUUUUUCACUAGUGUUUACA